AUGAAAACACGGACACACAAAGAAUCGAUGCCCAUGCGCAGUGGGCGACGGCGGGGGGCAAGCGAGGAGAGAAGGGGUAGACGCCCGCAUCCCAGCCCCACUCGCCCUGAACGCAACGAUAGACAGACGCAAAGAGGUGCUGCCGAGGAAUUGGCUGGAAAUCGCUUCAGUCGCAGAUCACAAGGGCAUGAUUCAUCAGAGAGUGAGGGGGAGGAACUUGUGUCUCCUCCAAAGAGGCAGAAAGUUCAGGAUUCGGCCUCUACCCCAAACCCUCCAACAUCAACACACUCCACUGACAGCUCGGCUCCCUCUACUGUCCCACCUCCAACCUCAGUUGCAAGCCAAUCCCGUGAGAGUGACAAUGAAGACGGCCAAUCCCAGGGCAGCAGGAGUUCAGUUGUAGGGAGCCUGGCCAAUAGCAGCAGUAGUCUGAGCAGUGGGCGGGAUAUAGACCAGGACAAUCGUUCCUCAUCUCCAAGUCUCUCCGCUUCCCCUCUGGGUAGCUUGGACUCUGAUUCCGAUGGCCCCGACUCACCAAAGCAAGGAGAGAGGGAACGGGAGAAAGGCAAAGAGGGAGGAGGAGGGAAGGUGGCAGGGGAGGAUAGGAGGGCACUACGGGAGGGAAGAGGGGAGGAUUUGUGUGGAGAUGGAGAAAAGCCAGAUGUGGAUUCCCGCAUUGAAGACUGUCCUUCUCUGAAGCCCCCCUCAACUCCAUGCUCUUCCUCUGGUCUGACUCCCUCGCUCCGUGGAGCAGGUGAUUCAUCAAACGACGGCAAUAGUGGGAGGAAGUCCUAUUUCUCCCUGGACUCAAAACUCAUGUGUAAAGUUGAAUAUGGCGGACCGACGGGCGUUGACGGUACACUUAGUGGCAACAGAAUGAAUUCCAAAGCCAGCACCCAGUGUGCGACCAAGACAACUAUCUCGGGAGGCGAUUUCUCCCAUAACAGCCCAAACAUUCCCCACUCCUUGGCGCCCCCUCUUCCUCCUCCACCUGCCCUGAAGCCCUUGGAGCUUGGGGUACAAAACCUGCCUGCUGAGGUUAAGACAGAAAGAGACAAAAUAGAGAAGGCAGACAAACUCGUGGACAAGUCUCCUCCCUCUCUGUUGCCGCAGACCGGCCCUCAGCCACAGUCCCAGUCCCAGCCUCAGGCCCAACCCUCAGCCCACCCUCACCACUACAGCUCCACCAGCUGGCAGGGUGGCACAGCAACUGGUUGCCAGGGGAGCUGGGGCUACACCCGUUACCCUGGCAACCACCACCCACACCAACCACAGCACCAGCCCCCAGUGCAGCAGCAGCAACUUCCCUCUGUUUACAACCCUCCGUCCUCUCGCCACUCCUCCUCCCACCCCUCUUACCUCCCCCAUCCUCACCCCCACCCCCACAGGGAGUACCUUCCCAGGUACGCUGGGGGGGGAGGGGACAGAGAGAGGGGGGCUGCAGGAGAGAGGGAGAGGGGAGUGAGGGGGGAAUGUGGGGGGAGGGAGCUCAACAGGGAGUUCUCCGCUCCCAUUGGCAACAGUAGCAACAAUAGUAGUGGGGGUAACAGUAACAGUGCUUGUGGUGGGAUGGGUGGGCCGAACAGCAUCCAAAGCCGGGAGUUUGGAGGUCUCUCAGUGAGUCAGAACCGAGAUUUCCAAGGUUCUGGGAGAGAUGGACCUACUAACAUGGGUCCUGAACGAAGAGACUUUGUUCCAGCUUUCAGAGACAGGGAGCGAGAAAGGGAAAGGGAACGGGAACGGGAUGGAGGGAGGGAAUUUCCUCUGCCAAACCAAAACCAGACUAGAGACUUUGGCCCCAAUGGAGCUGGAGGGGGCCAUCCCAGAGACAAAGAUGGAGGCAGAUGGGGUGAGUUUGGAGGCCAAACAAGAGAGGUUGUAGGCAACAGUAACCCAAAUAGCAACUCCAUCCCCCAAGGAAACCCCCCAAGUUCAACUAGUGGGCUACCUGUCACCCCAAUGCUGAACCGAGACCCACCUGCAUCCCCCCAAAACAACACCAGCCACUCUUCUCAUUCUUCCCUGCCCCCACACCCCCACCCGCAUCCCCCAAACUCAACCAACCGGGACUUCCCUCCUCCCAUGGACCAGGCACAAACCCCCUCUUCAGGAGCGGAUCACUUCCACAGAGAGUAUCCUCCCACUGGAGGAAAGGACUUUCCUGCUGGGGCGCCUCCUUCUGCUGGCACAAAUCGAGAGUACCUCAGCCCGCCUGGGGUGACUUCGAACCUUGGACGAGAGUAUUCAGGGCCUGGAGGAACCCAGCAUCCCCACCCACCUCAUCCCCACUACCAGUCUGGGCCCAGGGACAGAGAAAGGGACUCAAACUUGCGAGAGGCUGCUCUGUACCAAAACCGUGGAGGUCCAAAUCAACCUCGUGCACUCUCUCCAUCCUCCUCUUCCAGCCAUCAUGGACACCCUCCAAAUGCUCCUUAUCCCCCUCCACCACCUCAGCCUCCUCUAGCCCCAUCUCAAACCUCCCACGCCCAGCCACCCCCAGCCGCUAUGGCACCCAGUGUACGUCCCCCACACUACCAGUCCUCUGGCCAGACUCCUCCAACACCCCUAUCUCCGUUACCCAGCCCGUCCACAAAUCAGAUGGGAGGCUUCUCAUCUUUUCCCCCUGGUUCCUCCUCUGCACCCAACAUGCCACUUCCUGGGCCAGGUGUGUCAUCCAGCUGUUCGCCUGGAUGUCGGCCGUCCCCUUUCCAUGGCACUUUGAACAGCCACCCCCCCUUCAGCGGAGCUUACCACUCAAAUGGUAACAGUGGCAGUAACAUGGCCAACAGCAAUAGCAACAGUAGCGCACCCAACAGCAGCAAUACCAAUUCUCAGUCGCUCUCGCCUCAAAAUGUCUCAAAGGGACCUCCACCUCUUAGUAACUCUGCCAACAACAACAGCAUUUCGACCCCUUCCUCCAGUUCAUCACUCCCUGGUGGAGUUGGCCAUUCGGAUUCAGGCCCGCCCCCCAUACCUGUCAUCAAGGAAGAACCAAUAGAAGAACGGGAGGAAAGUGAAAGCCCACCACCAGUGUUGAGAAGCCCCUCUCCUGAACCUAAGCCUGUAGACAUCCCCAUUCAUGCCAGCCAAUCAGCAAGGUUUCACAAGGUCCUUGACCGUGGCAGCGGGAACUCUUGUGCCCGCAGUGAUGUCCUCUUUGUUCCAUUGGACGGCUCCAAACUGUGGAAGAAGAGGAAUGAGAUGAUAGAACGAGCCCGAAGGGAGGUCGAGCAGAGGGCCAGAGACUUAAGAGAAAAAGAGAGAGAACGAGAAAGGGAGCGUGAGCGUGAAAGGGAACUGGAUCGACAUCUACAGCAACAGAAGGACGCCAGUGCCGCAGCAGGGGCUCGCCAGGGCUCCUCUCUCUUCUUCCCCUCCUCAUCUUCUAUUAUCCUCGAUCCUUCAUCAUCAUCCUCCUCUUCGGGCAACCAUGUCACCCAUGCUCCACCUCACCAUCAGCAUCAUCCUUCACACCCACAUGCUCACCUUACUCCAUCACACCAUCUCCACCCCACUCUAUCUCACUCUAUCCCCCACUCUCUCCUCCUGCCAUCCAUGGCAGGAGCAUCAGCAGUGGUUGGAGGCCAUCAAGGUGCCCUCGGAAUAGGUUUAGGUGGCCCUUAUCUGGGCCCUGAUACCCCAGCACUGAGAACCCUGAGCGAGUACGCUCGCCCUCAUGCCAUGUCUCCACUCGGGGCGGCAAGUCGUGUCCAACAACAUCACCAACAAGUUCACCAUGGCCAUCCCCAUGUCCAUCCGUCAUUCUUCCUUCCCCAGUUUCAGAAUCACGCUUUGGGCCACCCGCACCACCUACCAGCUGAUGCUGCCACAGCUGCAGCCAUCUUGGGCUUUUUAUAUGGUGGCAGCCUUGAAGGGGGUCCAGGAGUUGGGGGCCACGCUGGGGUAGCAGGAGGCCCGGUACCUGGAGGAAUUGGGGGUGGUGGGUUAGGAGGAGUCGGUUUUCCUCAUGCAGUGGCUGCACAUCGGGAUCGAAUGAAGCCAGGAUUUGAAUUCAAGAGUGAUGAGCGUAUUUACCCACCAGGGUCCAUGCCUGAUCCUGCAGCUCUUGCUCUUGCUCACUCUCAUUCACAUGCUCAUGCCCAUGCCCAUGCCCAUGCCCACUCCCUCCUCCUUGGAGGGGGAGCUAAUGAGGUGUCACUCUAUUGCACUCCUCCGCCUCCAGCUCCCCCUGGCCCCCCACACAUCCAGAACCCAAGUCUGGCCCAAGUAACUCGACCUCCGAACCCUCCUGCCCCUCAAUCCCUGUCCAAUCCACCCCCUUCAUCUCUCCUCCCAACCUCACUCCCCUCUCACCCUUCAUCUGCGCCACCAGCUGCCCCCCCAGCCCCGGCAGGCCCUGCUGCUCCUCCGCCAGCUCCUCCUCCACCCGCUCCACCGACCUCCAACGCCGCCUCACUUCAUCACCCAGUCCCCCAUUCUUCUUUUCCCAGCUCCCUGUCCUCUCAUCUGCCACCAGCCCCGGCUCCAGCCACUCCCUCUGAGAGCUACCCCACUCCCACUCGCUCUCCCGCCCCUUAUGAGCGAGACAGGAGUGGAGAAAGAGAGCGGGAGAGGGAGAGAGACAGAGCUGCAUUGCCGGCCUUUGGGGACAGAGAGCGAGAAAGAGAGAGGGAGAGAGAAAGGGGAGGAAGUGCAGGAGGUGGCGGAAGUGGAGGAGGGGGAAGUGGAGGAGGAGCAGGUGGAGGAAGUGGAGGAGAGAAUAUGGGGCGUCUUCAGAUGUUAAACGUGACGCCUCAUCAUCACCAGCAUUCACACAUCCACUCACAUCUUCACCUGCACCAGCAAGACACAGCGGCGGGCGGGGUUCACCCCCUGAUGGACCCGUUGGCGUCGGGGUCUCCUUUGGCACGCCUCCCUUACCCAGGAGCCACACUAGGCACCCCCAUCCUGGCUCACCCCCUCACUGACAGCGAGGUGCUCCGCCAACAGCUGUUCGGUGAGGAGAAGGCUCCUCGUCCAUGUGCUCCUUUCCGUGACCUGCCCCAGCCGUCCUCCCUCACUGGUCCCAUGUCAGCAGCCCAUCAGCUCCAGGCCAUGCAGCAGGCCCAGAGCGCAGAGCUGCAGAUCCAGAGACUGGCCCUGGAACAACAGUGGAUCCAUCACCAUCACCACCACUCCCUUACCCAGGACGAGUAUUACAGUCACCUGAAGAAAGAAAGUGACAAGACCCUGUGAGGGAGGGGCACAAGAAAGAGCAGCACGGGGGGAAAAAAACGAGGGAGAACG